GACCCCUCUGAUGAUGGCCUGCACCCGGAGGAACCUGGGUGUGAUCCAGGAACUKCUGUCCCAUGAGGCCGACCCCACGCUGAAGAACAAGGACGGCUGGAACUCCUUCCACAUCGCCUGCAGGGAGGGAGACCCAGCGGUCAUACAGCACCUCCUACUGGCCAAACCUGAAGUCUGGAGGACAGAGAGCAAGACGCUGAGGACUCCUCUGCACACUGSAGCGAUGCACGGCUGUGAAGAAGUGGUCAGCAUCUUGGUACAGAGGUGUGGUUAUGUUCCCGAUGGCAGGGACAGCUGUGGGGUCACUCCAUUUAUGGACGCAGUGAGGAAUGGACACAUAUCUGUGGCCAAGCUACUGCUGGAGAAGCACCAGGCCUCUCCGACUGCAGCAGACAUCCUGGGGGCCCAGCCAGUGCACCAGGUUGCUGUCACAGCCCAGGAAGAGGCGCUAGAGUUCCUAGUGAGGGACCUCGGAGUGGACGUGAACCAGACAGCCACUGACAUGCAGCUCACUUCCCUGCACUACGCUGCCAAGGAGGGCCACACAAGCACAAUCAAAACACUCCUCACAUUAGGAGCAGACCUUCACGUCAGGGACAAAAAGGGAAGAACAGCUCUUCAUAUGGCGUGCAUAGGGCAGCAUGCAGAAGCGGUCAGGACACUCCUACAGCUGGGACUAGUAGACRUGGUGGAUGCCUCGGGCACYACUGCUCAACAGCUUGCCAAAAAAACAGAYGUGCUCAGAGUGUUUGAAUGUGAUUUGACAUAAACUACUGUCUGAAUGGAGAAUCAAUAAAUUAUGGACAUAAAUGGUAUUCUGGAUUGCAGAAUAAUAA